AAGAGACUAACCUGCAUAAAUGAUAAGGAUACUAUCAACGAUGCAAUGUCCAGAUACUACGCUGGUAUACAAUGGAAAACAUGCCGAUCCCCCGCUCCUUCGUCCAUACCUUCUUGCGGUCUUGAUCAGCGAUAGAAGAAACCUCAAUCCUCUACAGAAGGAUCUGAGGUUCAGAAUCGCCAAUCAUGGCUUCCAAAGAGAAAGAGAUGGACUCCGUCGUGAAGCCCGCGACAACUCGCGGGGAGACGGAAGUUGAACAAGGUGCACUGGAGGAAUUGGACGUUGAUUUGAAUACGGUGUUGAAAGAGAAUGCGAAGAUCGACAUUGAAUCUGAUCGAUCGCCCUAUCCCGAAGUUCGGGCGGUCGUCCCGGAGGUUGAUGACCCCGGCAUGCCAGUGAAUACUCUGCGCAUGUGGGUGCUAGGAAUAAUAUUCACGAUCCUCGGUUCUGGAGUUAAUCAAUUCUUCGCUUUGCGCUAUCCAUCCGUACACAUCGUGGCCCUAGUCGCAGAACUUCUGGCGUACCCUUGCGGUGUAUUUCUGGCAAAGACUCUUCCACAAUGGACUGUCAACCUUGGUCCCUUGGGACGAUGGUGCAUAAACCCAGAUAGCCAUUUCAACAUCAAGGAACAUGCUGUUAUAACGAUCAUGAGCAAUGUCUCCUUCGGUUAUGGAAGUGCGGACGCCACUCAAAUCAUCCAAGCCGCCUCACCCAAGUUCUACAACUUUGGACUCAAGGCAGGAUUCUCCGUCUUGGUUGUGUUAUGCGCGCAGCUCCUGGGCUUUGGUAUUGCCGGACUGGCAGCGCCAUGGCUCGUGGAGCCUGCUAGUAUAAUCUGGCCAGCAGUGUUAUCGAAUUGUGCGAUGCUUGAAACUCUCCACUCGCGCGCAAAUGCUGUCGCUGAUGGCUGGAAGGUUUCACGUCUGCGCUUUUUCUUCUACGUUACGAUUGCGGCGUUCGCAUGGUACUGGUUCCCGGGUCUGAUCUUCACUGCGCUCAGCUACUUUACCUGGGUGUGUUGGAUAGCACCAAAGAACCUCAUCGUAAAUCACCUUUUCGGAAUGCAGACAGGACUUGGACUUAGUCCCAUCACGUUCGACUGGUCGAUGGUGGCCUACAAUACUGACCCGUUGCUAUCACCUGCUUGGGCAGCUCUCAAUGUCUUCGCAGGAUUCGUGGUGUUCUUCUGGAUCAUCACUCCGAUUCUGUACUACACGAAUACCUGGUUUACAGCCUACCUUCCACUGAUGACGGCCGAUGUGUAUGACAGAACAGGUCAAGUCUAUGAUACCAGCAGGGUCGUUGGCCCAGACAACUCUUUAGACGUCGAGGCGUAUAAGCGAUACUCGCCUCCAUAUCUACCAGCGACAUUUGCAUUCGUCUACGGUUUAUCCUUCGCAUCUAUCACAGCUGCUCUUACCCACGUCGCCUGUUGGCAUUAUGACGAUAUCAGAGAUGCUUGGAAGGGCAGGACCAAGCUCGACAUUCACGCUCGACUGAUGAAAAGAUACAGGAGCACGCCAUGGUACUGGUAUGCUGCCAUAAUUGUUAUGAUGACCGCAAUUGCAAUUGCCAUGGUCGAAGUGUAUGAGACAAAGCUCCCUGUAUACGGCGUUUUCCUAGCCCUGGUCAUUCCAGCGUUGUACAUGAUCCCAUGCGGUAUCAUUGAAGGAAUCACCAACGUCAAUGCCAACCAGAUCAACGUACUCAGCGAGUUCAUCGGCGGUUACAUGUUUGAAGGAAAGCCUCUCGCCAAUAUGAUCUUCAAGGUCCUGUCGCAAGACGUAGUAGGCCAAGGCGUCUAUUUCGCCAUGGACAUGAAGCUGGGCCAUUAUCUCAAGAUCCCACCGCGAACGCUCUUCUUCGCACAGGGUUUCGCAACCAUUCUUGGAGCUUUGACCCAAGCGGGAGUCACGAUCUGGAUGCUGGGCCAUAUCCCCGAUGUCUGCGAUUCUGACCAGCCGGACGGGUUCUCCUGUCCCGGUGGCAGAACCGUAUAUUCCUCGUCCGUUGUCUGGGGUCUGGUCGGUCCGCGCCGUCUCUAUUCCGCUGGAAAGAUAUAUUCAUCUCUCUUGCACUUCUUCUGGAUCGGUGCUCUCGUCCCAGUCUUCACAUGGCUUCUGUAUAAGUAUACUAAACGUCCGUUCCUCAAACUGAUCAAUUGGCCCUUGAUAUUUGUCGGAACCUAUAACGUGCCACCAGCAACCGGAAUCAAUUACUCCAGUUGGGCCAUUGUCAACUUCGUCUUCAACUACUAUAUCAAGCGCAAAUUCUUCGCCUGGUGGACGAAAUAUAACUAUGUCCUUGCUGCCGCACUCGACACCGGCCUGGCCUUAUCUGGCAUUGUCAUUUUUUUCUGCGUCAGUUACCCGGGUGCUUCAUUCCCAGAUUGGUGGGGAAACACUGUCUAUCUCAACACAGCGGAUGGAGAAGGCCUCCCAUGGAAAGAGAUGCCAACAGUAGGGUACUUUGGCCCGCCAAAUGGGACGUGGACUUGAUGGCAAGCUGAGAAGUACCAUCUGAGUUCUUUCCGUGUGGAGUUGUAAAGAGAUAUUGCCGUGUCAUUCUUCCAGGACAGUUCACCACCAUCCUGCAGACUUGUCGGGAUGGUUUAGGAGAGUCGCUGACACUCUGAGGAUAGCCGCAAUUAUGUUUACCGGACAGAAUAUUAAUCGUAUCAUCAAAAUUCAUGAUUUAUUAUCGGGAUAAACCUGCAUUCGUCUCGACUACAACACGAGCAGCAUGGUCUGAGUUCGGGUGAAAAAGUACAUACAUUCUCCCUUUGUCCCA